AUGCAAGAGGAGGAGAGGACGACUUCGUGGCUGGCCAUCAAGCUAGGAUGCUGUGCAUCGGGUCGAGAUGUCGACGAUGGAGAGACUGGCCCGAGGGCUCCUGGACUGGACAUGCAGAUAUGCUACGAUCAACCACAACUUGUACCUCAGCUUCGCGCUGAACCUAAUAAACCACGUCCGUCUACAAGCCACUCCAUGAGCCAACAGGUCUCCCAAUGGGUUUCCAGCAGUCGCGACUAUGUUACGCGUGCUUCCUCGCGUGCCAGUAUCGCCACCCUUGCCCGACCACGGCAAUCCUACUCCCGGCCUAGCAUCAGCUGUCCCACAGAGUUCCGACACUUUGAUGGCCCUGAGGGAAUUCAGUCCAUGUUGGAUGAAGCACCCAUGCCCGUUCGUCGCCGCGGUAGCUUUCGACCCCUAGAGCUUUCCAUCUACAUGCCCAAUGGAUGCCUGUCUCCCUUGCCUGACUUCGAAGAGGCCGAGUUUGGGAAUGAUGAUUCAGCGGAGCUGGGAAUCCCCGCCGAAGCCCUCGUUCGCGUGAGAGACUCACGUACCAACUCGUUGUCUUCCAGUGCCUCCACUUCUUCGUAUGUCUUUCAAGGAAAGAGUCCCGCUUCUCCUUCUCGUCGAAGUAGUGUGCAGAGUCAGACAAGCACGAGCACGCAUGAGAGACAUUUGUCAGGCACCACAAUGAUAACCAUGGCUACCCCUACACUGCCCCUGCUGGCAGAGGAGCCAAAUUCAAGCUCAAAUUCAGUUCGCGAGAAGCCCACCAUCCAACGUUCUCGCACAUCCGACACACUGUCGCCUGUCCGUGUGCUCUCCCGACUACCAUCUCCAUCGCGGAGCCGCGCCAAUACCGCACCCUCACGACCCAACAGUCUCCGCCGCACGCGAACCGAUGUUGACGACGCCAUCCGCGAACUCAACACCAUCGUCGAGGAACGCCGUGCCAGCGCCUACCGCUCCCACUCCCAAUCUCCAGCCCUCAUCAACCGCCCACCCCCAUCUCCCUCACACCACACCCACUCUGGACAUCGAGCUCCGCCUUCUCCGCACCUCUAG